GAUAAAUACUUUUUCAAAUAAUGGAACCAAAACACAAAGCUUUGCCUGUAGGAUUCAGGUUUCGUCCAACAGAUUGUGAGAUUUCAAAAUAUUUCUUGACGAGAAAAGCUCUGGAACAACGAAUGAGAGGUCCCAAUGUACCUGAAGAGUGUCAUGAUAUCUUCUCAAGACGUCCUCGUGACUUGCCUGGCUAUCCAAGAGAAACGCAUUGGUACUUUUAUUGCAGAAAACUUGAUGGCCAAGUUACUUACAACUCUCAUAGUAUUUGGAAACAAAUCGGAGAAGAAACUGGUGUGUUAGAUCCAAAGAAUAAUGAUACAUUAGUCGGUAUCAAACGUCCAUUCACUUUCGUUGAUCAUAAAGAAGAACCCGACGAUAUUCUUUUGUCAGAUGAAGACGAACCUCCACAAUACAAUUGGUUCAUGGAUGAAUUUAGCCUCCCAUUGACAAUUUCAGAGACUGAUUGGGUUGUGUGCCAUGUUUUUCGCAAGAAUAACGAACCUGAAUCCGAAGAAGAAGGAGAAAAUGAAGAAAAAGAAACUGUUAAAGCAGAGAGUUUGGAUCUUCUUAUGGAGAAAGAUGGAAAUGUUCUUCCUCCAUCUCCUUCUCCACCUUAGCUUCUUCUGAUGGCUUUAUCAAGAUGUUCUUAAAAACGGGUGGGUUAGUUUUUUUGAAGGAUUAUUAUUAUACUUAUUAUGUAGUUUUGUCACGAAUAAAAAAAAUAAAGGACAAAUUGUAAAGAUCAGUUUAUAAGAAUCGGAAUGAAAGCACAACAGAA